AUGAAAAUAAAAGUGAGAACGCUUCAGAACAACGAAGAAGAAAUCAGUGUCGACAGUGAUGACACCAUUUUAGACGUGAAAAAAAAGAUAGGGGUGGCGUUCCCCGAAAUGCCCUACGAUAAACAGAAGCUCAUUUUUAGUGGAAAUAUUUUAAACGACGAAAGCAAAGCAGUGGAUAUAUUAAAAGAAAACGACAUAGUUAUAGUUAUGGCAUGCAAGAAGGUAUUUACUUCGAAGAAUAACCAGGCGAAGGAACCAUCAACGACAGACGCUUUAAAAAGUAAUGAAAAGGCAUCUUUGCCGAUAAAUCAUGACCAGAAUAAUGCCACUUCAAAUGCAUCAGAGGAGCGCAUAGAGAGCGAAAACCUCAACAACGCACAAUCAGCCCUAGUAACUGGGGAAAAGCUAAAAGAGACCAUAGACAAUAUCUGCGCUAUGGGAUUUGAAAGAGAAGCCGUAAAAAAGGCCAUGCUGGUGGCAUUUAACAACCCCAACAGAGCUAUUGAUUAUUUGACCAACGGAUUUCCAGACGAAAACCAAAUGAACGAGAUAAGUGCACUCAGUACAUUGACUGGGAUGAACGAAAUGAACUCCAUGAACGCCAUGAACAACGCAAUGAAUUCAAUGCCUGACGUGAAUGAAACGAACGAGACCAACGAAACGAAUGAAACAAAUGACAAUUCCUACGAAAGAGAAGAUAAUGAAAAUUCUCCCAAUUUGCCAAACCUUUUAAAUAAUUAUAAUUCCCUUGCGGAUAAUUCUAGACAAGGUUUGUCAGACAAUCCAGAUCAGUUUAGAAGUUCCCCAUUUUUUAAUAUCCUACGAGAUGUAGCUUUAUCGAAUCCACAACGCAUUCCAGAAAUUCUAGAAAUGAUAGGAAGAACAGAUCCUUCCUUUUUAGAAUUUAUACGAGAAAACCAAGGGGAAUUUAUAAGGGCCAUUCAGAAUUAUGGAAAUAGUGACCACAUAGCUAGCGCAGAAAAUGACUUAAUGGAAGGGGAUGCAUUUGCCGUUGAAGGGAACGAAAAUAUUACCGACCCGAAUAAUGAAAAUUAUCAUAUUCCCAUUACGCCUUUAAAUGAGAACGAAAUGGAAAGUAUUAAAAAGUUGGAAUCGCUUGGAUUUCCGAAGCACUUAGCGUUGGAAGCCUUCAUUGCGUGUGACAAGAAUGAGGAAAUGGCGGCCAACUAUUUGUUUGAAAAUAUGAACGACUACGCGUCAGAGUAG